GAAGUCGCUGCAAUCAGAACAAGCCUUCGAAACCGUUAGGAGCAUGUUGUGCUCUAUCCUGGCCAGUACUAUCACCACGGCAAGUGUCCUCCUCGCUAUAAGCGGUGUUUUCGUCAGCACAGGCUCUCCUGUGUCAUACUUCGACUACACGUCACCCGUUCCCUAUUGUCUUCUCUUUAUAUCACUCAUGCUCGCCAUGCUCGCGAUGUUGACGUCUGGCUCGAGCAUGAUACGUUGGCUGCACGCCGAUCGGCACUGAACUCAAGAAGUGAGUUUUAAUCUCGUCAUGCUGAUUCGGACACCGGCUGACCUAAAUAUAAUCAUCCACUCAAGCAAGGCGAUUACUUUGUCUUGUACUACCUGUUGUCGAUAGUCACGCCUAU